AUGUACGCGCGCGCAACCACGGACUUCCACAAGCGUCCGUGGUUCAGCAACGUGGCGGUGCAAGGCGAGGACCCCGGCCAGCCGCCGGUGGACCUGUACGCCCACGUGCGGAUGUUCCUCAGUGUCUGGGUCGUUGACCCGGUGACAAGGGCCCGGACCCGCCGCGAGGUGGCGGUGGUGCGCUACCACAGGGAGUUGGGCAGCCGUGACGUCCCCAAGUGCAAGCAGCUGCGGUGGGACAGGCCCGAGUGCGUGCUCAAGCUGGUCGACACCGCCAACAUCCGCCGGGCGGUGCACAUCGGCGACCCGGACUUGUCAGCUCGGACAUUAUCGAAGUCGCAGCCAGGACAGAACAAGGGUGCCGUGGUGGAGAGUAAAACCGCGCCCGGCUGUGUGCUGCAACGGAGUGGAUGCAGUUUGCUGGGGACCGCUCUCGUCUUCUUGGCACCUAUUAUGGGAGCUUUGGCGUCAGGGUCAGGUCGCGCCGCUCGUCAACACGGCCUGAACGGCCGUGACACAGACGCAUGUCUGACAGAGCCGUUCGCGGGUUCUGGCGUGCCACGUGGUCUGGUCGAUGCCAACAAGCUGGGACGAUCGAUGGAGAAAGGCGUCUGUAAGACUGCCACGCUGAGCUGCGCCGUUGCAAAGCCAAGGUCCGUGUUGUGUCUGAACGUCUUGAAGUCCCCAAUACGCAUCGCAACGUUGCCGCGACCUGCCAUCAAUCACAAGUCCCAACAGCCGGAUGGGGUUUGGCUGCCAAGAGUUGCACAGACUGGUCAACGCUGUUGA